AUGACUUCGUCACCUGGGCACAGCAGCAACCAGGGUCAAAUAAUUCUGGGCUCGAAGUCCUUCACCAGGAAGAUGAUCAUCGAGGAGAUGGGCUUUGUCCCAAUUGUAAGGUCUGCAGACAUCAAUGAGGCAGCGAUCGGCGACCGCACUGCAGAUCCGGCUGACCUCGUGCUGCAACUCGGGCUCGCUAAGGCGGAGGCGCUGCUCCCUGCACUGAAAGCGGAGGCUGACCGUGGAGAGCUAAGCACUUCAUGGCUUCUGACGGGAGACCAAGUUGUCGUCCACGACGGCCGGAUCCUAGAGAAGCCCGCGGACGAAGAUGAAGUGCGAAGGAACAUCGCCAGUUACGCGCGAUCGCCGUGUCGGACAGUCGGGUCUGCAGUUUUAACGGACAUCUCAACCGGGCAGCAGUUUUCGGGGGUUGAUACUGCCGAAAUAUUUUUCAAGGAGGUGCCGGAAAGCGUGGUGACCAAGUUGUGUGGCGAGGGCACAGUGCUUCAGUGCGCUGGUGGCUUAAUGGUGGAACACCCUUUGGUUGAGCCCUUCAUCGCCAGAAUUGACGGCUCCAUGGAUUCCGUCAUGGGGCUGUCCAAGGCUCUAGUCCUUGAGCUGCUCGAGAAGCAUAAGCAAGCUUAGUAGUCCAAAAUAUAUAGCGGUUACCUUAGAGACAGCAUCGGCUGUGUUUGCGUUCGGGUGUCGCGGUUACAGACAACGCUUGAUCAAUUCACU